AUGUUUCGCCGCAGUCCUCUUCUGGGCGCCGCCGUCGUCUACGGCGUGUCGCGGGCCGGGGCAAAGCGAGGUAUGCAGCGCGAGGCAGAGCGCCAGCAAGCCAUGGAGUUCGAAUACCAGCGUCGAGAAGCUGAACGUGAACGACGCAGGAGGGAUGAGGAGAGGCGCCGGGCCGAAGAACUCGAACGGGAGAAAGAACGCGUCAGGAGGCAGGUUGAGCUGGAGGAACGCGAGAAAGCCCAGGCAAGAGCAGCACAGCAGCAACAACAGUAUCAACAAACACCGCCACAGUACGUCCAGCAACCAACACCAGGGGGCCCUUCUACUCUUGCGGGAGCGGAUGUCGUCUUCUGCGCCAAUUGCGGCUAUCAAUGCAGGCAAGGCGACAAUUUUUGCAGCGGGUGCGGAAGCCGAUUACCACAAGGCAACCAAAGACAAUGA